AUGCCAGUGGUGGUGCUGGUGGCCCAGGCCUCUAUUCACUGCUUCUCACAUGGGCCCGAUGCUCCUCAGGUCUGUGAUGGCGAGCGGCUGGGCGAGGUGACAGAUGCUGGCAGGCGAGCAGCCGGGGCUCUUGCCUCUCCUCAGCAAAGGAAGGCCGAGGACUCCAAUGAGAGCCGGGAGGAGGAGCAGAUGAACGAAGGGCAGGAUGGUGACAGCUGGUUUUCACGAGGCCAAGGGCCAGGCCGAGCUGGAAGGGCCCCUGUCCUGAACAUGACCAAGCAAGUUCUGCCCUGGAACGACCAGUACAAAGGGAAGGCAAACCUGCACGUCUUCGAGGACUGGUGUGGAGGGGCUGUGAGGCAGCUGAGGAAGAACCUCCACUUCCCGCUUUUCCCUCAUUCUCGCAUGACAGUGAAGAAACUAGCUGUGUCACCCAAGUGGAAGAAUUACGGGCUGCGGGUCUUCGGCUAUAUCCACCCCUUCAAGGAUGGGGACUUCCAGUUCUCUGUGGCAUCAGACGACAAUUCAGAGUUCUGGCUCAGCUCUGACGAGAAUCCAGCCAACACUCGGCUGGUGGCAUUUGUGGGAAAGCUGGGCACUGAGUGGACAGCUCCGGGGGAAUUCACCAAGUUCAGCUCUCAGGUCUCCAAACCGAUCCGCCUCAUGUCCUCCCGACGCUACUAUUUUGAGCUGCUCCACAAGCAGGAUGACCGGGGAUCGGACCAUGUGGAAGUGGGCUGGCGAGUUUUCCUCCCCAGUUUGAAGUUCGAGGUGAUCGACUCCCCUUACAUCUCACUCUACACAGAUGAAUCCACUCUGAAGAUGAACCAGGUGGACCACAUCCCACAGUCCCAUGCAAGCCAUACUGGGAGCUACUUCUGGGAGACGCAGAGGGAUGAGCAUGGGGCUGAUAUGCUCAGAUCCGACCCCAGGGACACCUUCUUCCUCACUCCCCAGAUUGAGGCGUCCCGUGUGGAGAAUGUGCUGGUGCCCUGCGCUUACAGCCCCACCUAUGUGGUGAAGGAUUUCCCUAUUGCCCGCUACCAGGGCCUACAGUUUGUCUACCUCUCAUUCGUGUAUCCCAAUGACUUCACCCGUCUCACCCACAUGGAGACAGAGAACAAGUGCUUCUACAGAGAGUCCCCUCUGUACCUGGAGAAGUUUGGGUUUUACAAGUAUAUGAAGAUGGAUGAAGAAGAGGAAGAUCCUCGCCAGAGAGCAUUUCUCUUCCUGAACUCAGACAAUUUCCUGGAAGAGGAGGAGGAAGGAGCAGACAGCCCUGAGCCCACAGACCCACCUCCCGAUGCCAAGAAGAGGAGCCCAGCAGUGCCAAACUCACGCCUGAGCACUGGGUUCAAGAGGAAAGAGAUCCCUCUGGCUGCAAGGGAUUAUGGGGAUGAUGUGGACUACUACACCUUCCGCCACAAGCCAGGGAGGGUUAAUGAUGUAGGAGCACCUCCAGGGCAGCCAAUAACCUGGGAUGUGCAUGAUGGAACCAGCCCCAGCUCCCUAGCCAUGGCCGGGGGUUUCCAUGACAAUGAGAACACUGCCCUUGCACAAGAGCAGACUGUGGUCCAUGGCCGAUCUCUCAGAUGGAUGGCCAAGGAGCCAGAUGAGGGAGAUAAGGAUGGGCUGGGGCUGCUGUCGCCAUCAAAGCGAGGCAGCUCCCUGAACUUUCAGCCCCACCUCUCCGUCCCCAUCUUCAGCAGCAAGGCCAAGGUACCCAAGGAGGAGAAGCAACCCAAGAAGGAGUCCAAGAAGCCCCAAGAGAAAGUGUACGUGACCCGGCUGCAGCCCAAGAAGCGCAAGGCCCCGGUUCAGGAAGCCGCUUUCCCCGGGGUCUUCAUCUACCCCAAACCACUAAGGAAGGUUCAUCUCCACUCUAAGGCCCCACAGCGGCGUCCUGCUCCCUCCAGCAAGCUACACACCAUCCCCAGCCACAGGGCACCAUGGCUUAUGGACCACCUCUCCAGGGAGACAGAGCUUUCCAAGAGGAAGAGUCCUAAAGCUAGAGGCAGGAAGUGGGAGCAGCUGUAUAAGCGAGAGGGCCCAGGAGCCAGGGGCAAGCAGGGAGUGCGACCCAGAAUCCUGACACCCAAGGCAGAGAGACUGUUCAGUAAGGAGGCCCUUGAGGUCACCACUGCCUCCCCAGCCAGGGCCGCAGGGGUAGCUGCCAUGGAUUACAACUCCUCAGAGGUGGCCCUGUUAGAGGGGACCAGGGUGACAUCCUUCCUGCGGAUGUCAGAGAUGACGGAGUCACAGCAGGAGGAUGGGGAGCACCUGGGCAAGGGCCCAGAGGAGGGGGAGGAAGAGGAGUUGUCAGACUACAGCUACGAGAAUGCAGAGCUGCAGCAGAGCUGGCUGGAGGAUGCUAUCAACUGGCAAAGGACGUUCAGCGUCAGCUCGGUGGAUUUUGAGCUCCUGCGCUCUGACUGGAAUGACCUGCGCUGCAACGUGUCAGGCAACUUGCAGCUGAGUGAGAGUGAGGUGGUGGAUGUGGUGGCCCAGUACAUGGAGAAGCUCAACGAGAAGAACGGGGGCAUCUACACCCUUCUACGGAUUGUCAACGUGGAGAAGCGACGGGACACGGCCCGGGGGAACCGCUACCUGAUGGAGCUGGAGCUGAUGGAGAGGGGCCAGAGAACUGUGCGGCUCUCAGAGUACGUCUACGUCCUGCUGCACCAGGGCAAGCAAGAUGACAGCACCGAGGCCAACCCUGAUGGCCCAGCCCCCAUGGCCACUGAGUCCCAGCCUCAGCCCAGCACCUGGAACCUGCUCUAUGGGAAGCCCAUCCUGUGCCAGCCCCUGCGCCUCAGCUGGAGGCAGGAUGUCAUGGUGCACUUUGUGGUUCCCGUGAAGAAUCAGGCUCGCUGGGUUCAGCAGUUCAUCUCAGACAUGGCCAACCUGUACUGGGACACCAAGGAUGCGAACUUCAACAUCAUCCUGGUGGACUUUGACAGCGAUGACAUGGACGUGGAGAAGGCGCUGCAGGAAGCCCGGCUGCCCCGGUAUCAGUACUUGAAGCGCACAGGGAACUUUGAGCGCUCAGCGGGACUGCAGGCUGGGGUGGAUACCAUUGAGGAUGGGCGCAGCAUCGUGUUCCUUUGUGACCUGCACAUCCACUUCCCCCUUAACAUCCUGGACAGCAUCCGGAAACACUGCGUGGAGGGCAAGCUGGCCUAUGCACCCAUUGUCAUGAGGCUGAGCUGCGGCAGCUCUCCACAGGAGCCCAGUGGCUACUGGGAGGUGAAUGGGUUUGGCCUCUUUGGGAUCUACAAAUCUGACUUCGACCGGGUUGGGGGCAUGAACACGGAGGAGUUCAGAGACCGCUGGGGCGGGGAGGACUGGGAGCUCCUGGACAGGGUCCUUCAGAGCGGGUUGGAGGUGGAGCGCCUGCGACUCAGGAACUUUUACCAUUACUACCAUUCUAAGCGCGGCAUGUGGAACUCGCGCAGCAAGAAGACACCAAAAGACUAAGCCCUGGGCCCUGUCACCAGCUGCACCCUCAGGAUCCCUUCGUGCCCCGGUUAGGGCAGGGAGGAGGAGGCCUUUCAGCAGAGCCGGCCACCAGGGCUUUGCUGCCUUGAGAGUCAUCUCCACACUGCCGCACAUGCUUCUGACACCACACUGAAGGCCAGGAGUAAAGGGCCCUGCAAGCCAGGGAAUUUGGCAGAGCUGAUAAACAAACUGGUUACUUUGGGGGGUGGUGAUUUUUCUUAAGGGUCUAAUUUCUUAGUCAGAAAUGAAUUUAUUAACUCAUUAGCACUGGGGCACCAGGGUUCCUGCCAGAGGGAGGUGAACCCCUGCCCUGGGCUGCCUAUGGCCCCUCAGAGACUGGAGCAGUGAAACAUGGCCCAGAGUGAGCCCCACUUUGUAGAUGCAGGGCCUGGACAUGAGGCAAGCUGGUGGCAGCCCUGGGAUGCCCUGUGAAGAAGAGAGGGAAACGGGGCUCUCAACCUGGCAGCUCACAUCCCCUCCUGAACCUGAAGACCCAGCCUAAGGUACACGGCAGCCAGGAGGAGCCCUAUCUCACAGGCCCGCUUGAGCCUGCCUGCUGU